CGAACUAUGUAAUGUAAAAAUGCAUUAGAUGCAUUAGAAAAGUCUAUCAUAUCCAUGAAUACUGCAGAGUAUUAUAUAUAAAGUGCAAAUAUGGCUACUCCUGCAAAAGCAGCUGUGAAACAUGUAAAACCAAUUUUAUCAUUGACUCCUAUAGAAGCUCGAAGAAGAGUAAUAUCAUUAUAUAAAACAUGGUACCGACAAAUUCCAUUUAUUUUGUCCAAUUAUGAUCUUCCAAGAACAAAAAAAGAGUGUCAACAAAAAUUAAGAGAGGAAUUUAAACGUAAUGCUCAUAUAAAUGAUUUAAGAGUAAUUGAUUUGUUACUUAUUAAGGGACAAAUGGAACUUCAAGAAGUUUGUGCUCAAUGGAAACCACCUGCAACAGUGUUGAAUUAUUGGAAGGAAACACAUGAACCAAAGCCAAAAGAUUUUAUGUCAAAGUUUUUAUCAGGUCAAGAUUAAAUUUUAUAUAGUAUAAUUAAAUAUGUAAAAUUUAUAAAUUAUAUUAAAAGAAUAUAUAGUUGUCUGAAAAUUAAAUAUGGAAAAAAGAAGAAAA